AUGCAUUGGUCCCCUUUUGUAGGGAUCCCAAUUUGCGUAGCUCUUUUUUCUUUCUUCCUCUUCAGAAUCUUUCCUCUCCAAUCUCUCACCAAUCCACCUCCGUCUAGACUGUUCACUGUGGAGGAGUUGGCUCUUUACAAUGGAACUGAUUCUGCUUUACCUAUUCUUCUUGGAAUUUUGGGGUCCGUCUUUGAUGUAAGUAAAGGCGAAAGUCACUAUGGUGCCGGAGGCGGCUACAACCAUUUUUCCGGGAGGUACUUUUCUUGCAUAACAAUGUUGUUUGAUUUCUAUGCAGGAGAGGGACUUACAGAUAACCUACAUGGCCUGUCAAAAUCUGAGGUGAAAAGCAUCGUGGACUGGCGAGAAUUUUACUUCAAGACAUAUACAUUUGUGGGUAAGUUGAUUGGCCGUUAUUAUGACAAAGAAGGAAAGCCCACGAAAUACUUGAAGGGCAUAGAAGCAAAGGCGGCUAGGGGUUCUCAGCUUCUUGAGAAACAAAAGAAAGAAGAGGCGGAAGUCGCCAGCUGUAACUCAAAAUGGAGCCAGGAAGAAGGUUCGGAGGUGUGGUGUGACGAAGGAUACCCGAGGCUAGUUCAGAGACCUACUGAAAUAGCAUUGACCGGGAAAAUAAGCCGGCGCUGUGCUUGCUUCAAAGAAGAACAACUGGGCCAGACAGGUUUGGAGGUCUACGAAAGAUGUGAUUACUUUUCAAAGAAAUGCCAACUGUAG